GUAUGCCAUGGCCUUGUAUAAUCAACAUGUCUGUCCUGUGGACAACUGGAUGUACAACCAGUCAUGUGAGGUGGAUUUGCCAAUGCAGAGGGGACAAACCUUAUGCUGUACUCUGGACAACGUUCCUCUCAUAAGUAAAUGCGGCACACUUCCUCCAGAGAGCUGCUUCUUCAGUCUCAUCUGCAGCACUGGAUCCUUUAUGGUGAUGGUGAUUGUGUUCCUACGCUAUGCCCAUGUGAUAGAGAAGCACCAGAACUGUGUGUUAAAUACAGCAAGUCUCUCCACUGGAUGGAUCUGUGCUGCAGGACUAAUUAUGGUCGGCAACUUCCAGGUGGAUAACGCCAAGGUUCUUCACUAUGUUGGAGCAGGAGUGGCCUUCCCCACCAGUAUGCUGUUUGUGUGUCUGCAGUCUGCGCUGACCUACCGCUUGGCAAAGACUCAGGGAGAAUAUAAUGUGGGUCAUUUGCGCCUCUUUAUGACCCUGAUGGCUUUUGUAGCCCUGGUGCUCAGCGGGGUGUUUUUUGUCCAGGAAAGUUUUGUCCUGCAACAUGCGUCGGCCAUUUUCGAGUGGGUCUUCUGUGUCAUCAUUAUGCUGUUCUACGGGACAUUCGCUUUUGAAUUCGCUGGGAUAUCUAGCGACACGAUGAUGGUGCUGGCCCGAGGGCAAUCGCUACAGUCUGCAAGCCGAGACCACAAAAUGGAGUCUCUUGGUGGACCCAGUCAGCACCAGCCUGAGAACCUUUCUAUACUGUAGCUUCAGUGUCUCUCUCUCUUUCUCUCUCUACAACACUACACUACAACAGGAGAGGGAAAGAAACAGAAACUGGACCUGGCUCUCGUACAAUCGGCUUACCUUUGCCAAAGAAUCCAGCUCAGAUUUUGCACAUUUUUGAGAGACUUCUUCACUCUCUGGGGACCUUUUGAAUCCAUCAGCUUCCAUGCUGGGAAAAACAAAGCUCAUUGCCUGGAUGUGUUGGAGUUUCCGUUAGAUCUCUUUGGGAUUGUUAAGUAUCUGUGGAACUACAGACUGCAUGUUGGCUAAAAUGUCUGCAUCCAUCGAUGAAACCAGAGUAACGCUACAUCAGUGCUGUAGUAAACUAAACCGAUGCCUUUUGCAGGCAUUUUAACAUGGUGCCUCUAAACAAAAGUUAUUGUGCCAAUUUCAGACAUUGCAAGACAAUGAAUCCAAAAAUGCUGACGUUUUCUGUGCCUUUAGUUGUUUUCAAAGGCAGAGAUGGUUAAAAAGAUAGUUCACUUUGAAAUUAAUUUUUGAUAUGUUUUAGCUUACCUCAAGGGCAUCCAAGAUGUAGGUGUCUUUGUUUCCACAGUGUUUUCAAUUUUGAUAUUUUUCGGUCAAACCGUUGUUGUCUGUCAGUCAAAUAAUGCAGGUAUGGGGGUCCACGUCAAAGAGCAUGCACAGAGAAGUCCAAAUUAAACAUGAUUGAAUGACUCGUAAAUGUAAGUACACAUUUAUGGCCUAAGACACGAAACGAGUAGGGAUGUGUCCUCCUGUAUCGAGGCUUCGAAGCGUGUGUCGAGUAAUCCGGGAUGAUUUCUGUGAAACGCGUAUCGAGGCUUGUGUUGGUGACGUAUGUGGUGAGGUUUGAAGAGCCUCGCGAGCCAGCUGUACCACGUGACUGCUUCAGGAAGUGGUUCACAGUUUUGCGGUCUAUUUGAAAUAUGAAUGAAAUAAUCUAAAAAAAAAAGAAAUCGCCUGAAGCCGAACACUGUGGAGAAGUUGUUAUUUUUAAAUAAAAAUGAAUAAAAUGCCGACUGU